GGGAGGUGCAGAACUAUGUCGGCUCGGUCACGGCGGCAGCGCUCGUCGACUGUUGCAUCCGGCCCGCCAGAAAGUACCAAAGCAACUGCUGAGCUCCAGCUUCUCCUCGACAACCUCUCCACAACCCUCCACGCAGUCCCAGAAAAUGUAUAUCCAGACCUCUCUACGCUGCUCGACCAAACCCAAUCCAUCCGUCGAUAUCUGAUUGCUUCAAUCCCACCCGCGCGAGCCAACGAUGACUUUCGACAUUUGCAAGGCUUCCAAAUACUCUUAGAUACCCUCCGUACCUUCUCAGGCUUCUACAAUCCCUCGAAGCGAAAUCAGAAGGAGAAGACUCAGUUAUUUGAACUGCUAGGCAUAAUCUUGGGUGUAUUGGCAGAAGCAUUCCGAGAACAUUAUGGGAAUCGGAGAUACUUCAAACGCAGGGUGGAAGGUGGCGGCUGGGCAGCCCUAGAGCAGACAAUUGCUAGCAUUGGUAUUGGCGGGAAUGAGUCGGACAUCUGGGGCGAAGCCCAAUUGUUUGGCCGACUGCUAGCCUUUGCUUUAGACGACAAGAGAUUUGAAACUCUGUGCCAAAAAGCGACUGGACUCCACCCAUCCGUCAAGUCAGAGGGACCCCCUACAAAAGAUAAGGAUCUCGCUGCAUAUUUCCCAAGAACAGAUCAACCCAAAGACAAAAGCGUAGCAUAUACUGCUACAUCCAGCGACGAGGAGGCUCUUGUGCUUGUGGAUAAUAAGCUUCAGGAGAUCUUGCGAGAAAGUUCUCUGCUCUAUAACGCUGAUAUUGUACCAAUCAUUAUUGAUUUCUGGAAGACAAUCCCUCGAGCACCAGGUACAUCUGUCAACCCAUCUGUGUUGGUUGUCAUUUUGACAUUAACCAAGAUAUCAUCUGUAUCCCAUCAUAAUCUCUUGGCUGUCCAUGGAACUGGGAUAUUGUCAACUUUACUUCCACUUGCUUUCGAUUCCGAUUCUCCUCUUGCCACUCCCGAGAGACGCUCCGUGGAAGCGCUUUGUGGUUCCCUCAUAUCACUCGGCAUUAGCACUUUGAGCGAUGCGCAAUAUCUUGUUUGUAACAAAUCGGCGGCGGCCGCUGACUUUCUUCUGAAAUCAGUCAAAGGCUCUCAUGGCCCCGCAUACAUCCAAUUUGACCUCUCUCUGAAUGGUUAUGCAUCUAUAGAGCUCCCAACGUUAGGCCGAUCAUUUCCACCUACGACGGCACCUGGCUACACAUUCACAGCGUGGAUAUAUGUGGAUCAUUUUGACCCGAACUCUCACACAACAAUCUUCGGUGCUUUUGAUUCAACGCAGACUUGCUUUCUCCUAGCAUAUUUAGAAAGGGAUACCCAGAACUUCAUCCUCCAGACCUCAGUCACCUCAUCACGUCCAAGCGUAAGAUUCAAGACAAAGGUUUUCCGGGAGAAGCGCUGGUAUCACAUCGCACUGGUUCACCGACGCCCAAGAACUAUGACUUCGAGUAAGGCUGCAUUGUAUGUGAACGGCGAGUUCGCCGAGCAAGUCAAGUGUCAAUAUCCUGCGCCUCCGCCUGUCUCCGACGCCAGCACUGAAAGCUUUACAUCAUUCACCUCCUCUGCUAGUAAAGCAACAAAUCCUGUGCAGGCAUUUAUGGGCACACCCCAAGAUCUCUCAACGCGCCUUGGUCGCGGUGUAGUGUUCUCACGCUGGUCAUUAGCAUCAGCCCACCUGUUUGAAGAUGUCUUGAGUGACGAUCUUGUCGCUGUAUACUAUCGACUCGGACCUCGCUACAAUGGUAAUUUUCAAGAUUGUCUGGGCUCUUUCCAAACUUACGAAGCCUCCGCUGCGCUGGGAAUGCGUAACGAGCUUAUACACCCGGGAAAAGAUGAGAACUCUGACAUUAUAGGGGCUAUUCGAGAGAAGGCUAGUAUUCUUGUCCCGGAAAGCCGCAUUUUACUUAGCAUUCUUCCUUCCGCUGUUCUUGGGGAGGAUAGUCGCCACAAAGGCUAUGAAUCACAACUUAUGCGGGGUUUGAACCGGACAGCAUCAAACAACUUAUUUCAGCUGACUCACAACAAUGGAUCUGCGCUGGCUAUCAAUGCUGCCAUUCCCUCCCUAAAUGAAGCUUUGACCCGAGCUCAAGGGACUAUGGUGUUGACAGGAGAGCCGGUCGUCGUUGUGCCUCAGUCCUUAGACGAUGCUCUGUGGCAACUGGGCGGCUUCGCUGGAAUAGCCCUCAAACUGGUCGAAAACGCAAAAACCAAGGACGAAAUUGCACGAGCCGUUGAGAUUUUGUUUGAGAGCAUCAAGGGUAGUUGGCGGAAUAGCGAGGCUAUGGAACAUGAGAACGGAUACACCAUUCUUGGUGCUCUGAUUCGUGGCAAGAUUGGGGCUGGAGUUGUUGUCUCGUCCAGGGGCAGUAACAUCACGGAUGUGUCUGCUAUGAGCACUGACGAUCGAGACCAGCUCGGCUUUCGACUUCUUAGUUUGGUGUUGGACUUUGUUGGAUAUAGUCACGAAAAGCCAGAGGAAUCGUACAUCAUCAAUCCCCUAGCAUAUCGCAUUCUACUCGUAGAUUUUGAUAUGUGGCGAAAGACAGCUCCUAUCACACAGAAACUCUACUACAAGCAGUUCAUUACUUUCGGUGUGAACAGCAAAUUCCAUCAAUUCAACUCUAAAAGACUAUUCCGAAUGCGUAUAGUACGGAGAUUUUUAGACGCUCUCAAAGCUGAGACAUUUCAACGCGACGUAUUUCCAGCUUUCAUGGAAGCAUUCACCAGUUUAGUAAAGUGCAAUAUGACAGCUGAAGUCCUACGAGCUCUUUCUCUAUUCGUCACGUACGCUUAUCAUAAACCUACCAGCUCCGCAACAAGGACGCCUAAUAAAGCGCAGUAUGGAACGCUACCAAGCAGAUCUGGGACUGUUACCAAGAGACCAAGCAUUGCGACUUUCUUGGAUGGGAACAUUGUAUCCACGAAUUUAAGCAAGAGAGAACUUGGUACCAAAAUACUUGAAAUGUACGCAGGUCUGCUGUGUGAAGAUAGUAGUUCGUCGAAUCUUAAAAAGUUUGCGAGGACUGUGACCAACAAGUGGCUUUUGCAUCUUCUGUCGGAAGAUGACCCAGAAGUUGUGGUCUUAGGAACCAAAAUCUUGGCCCGACUUAUCGUAGUCAAUGGCUCAAGCUACGCUACAAAAUUCGCAACCAAAACUGGUGGCUUCGCUAUCAUGCGCUCGAGGUUGAAAAGGUGGUGGGAUAUUUCCACCCUUUGGCCGAUUUGUUUCAGUAUCCUGUUCGCUCGCGAUGUAGCCGAUAUUGAUUUUGAACGACCAUUUGAGUUGUUUAGUCUCCUUGAGUCAUUCAGCAACUGCAAGAUCGUCUAUCCUGCUGUACUACCUGUUAUCACGGCCAUGUUACAGCAUGGCUUGAAAGAGGUUCUUCGUCAUCAAGAUGAUCCUGAUUCGCCUUUGAACGAGCGAAGUACUGGACCAGACCACGGUACUCUGAGUGUACCGAAACCCCAUUCUCGCCGUCGCUCCAUGUCCUUGACGAAGGAGUUGGAAGCUCGCCAAACACACCAACACAAAAAAGAGCGAAUUGGCGGCCAAGCCUCUGUUCUCCACACUGUCAUUCGAUUCUUCGCGGACCUGCAUUCGAAUUCUUCUGACUUUAGGGACUUUACUGUAUCAUCGGAUUACAUUCGGCUCUUGCUCGCAGUCCUCUUCCCAGUGAUCGUCAGCGCCGACGCUGUCAAUCCCGAGACGGAAUUAAACUCUCGAGACUCAGCAUUGACAUUUGAAGGCGACGAUGUCAUCAUCAGACCUAUCUCCCGCGCUACAACCACACCUGCACCAAUUGUCCGAACAUCUAGCGUCGAGACUCUGCUCCCACCCAGCCCGACUGCGCCUAGAGCUAAACCUCUACGCCGAGGCUCAUCAUUUAUCUUACUAACCUCCAAACCAUCAGAAUUCAGUCCUUCAUCGGCUAGAUUAAACCUAGUUAUGUCACCCAAGAAGAAAGUCGCUGCUCAGAAGAUCAGCAACUCCCUUGUCGAAGGCUUACUUGAGCUAGUCAUCAAUGUCUUUAUUGACCAAGUCACAGUCCGGAAAGAGUUUCCUGGCUUUGGCUUAUUCUUAAAAGUACCACCAGGGUUUCAAGAACAUCAAGCGUACUUUGAAUCUUAUUUGUUACGAAACACAAUUUCACAACUCGGGAAUACGAUUCAGCUCGACCAGAAAUUAUUGUGGGAGCCGAAACUCAUUCAGAAUAUGGCGAGGUUUGUUACUCACAUGGGCGAGGCUAUCUUUGAAGGAUGGUUCUUAAGUGGGGCAGAACCUUUGCUCGACUUUGCAGGAACAUUGUUGGAAUACCUGCAACGACCUGAGAUUUCUAAGAUAAAAAGUGUCAGACUUUGCAGCCAAGCCAUCCUCUCAAUCAAGAGUGUCUUCUUGAGGGUCGUCUUACUGCGACUGUCGGAGCUGGAUAGUGCUCAAGAAUCCGAAGAUGAGGCUGUAGCAUUCAUGGAUAAGCUUUUAUACUGGCAGACUGUUGUUCUGUCAUCAGAUGGCGGCGAGGAUGACUUUCUCAAGCUUAUCUGUUAUCAGCUAUACUUGAAGUUGGUUGACUCAAGGGAACGUAUUCGUCUAGCGGCUACAAACCUUUGGCGUAUCUUGCUCGUUCAGAAGCCCGAAGAAACGUCGACGAUAUUUCACUACUCGACAUCCACAAAUCACAGACAUUUAACAUCUGGUUUCAAGAAACUCAUGGAGUUAGAUAAUGAAACAUUCGUUCAGUGGGUCGAUGAACAACGAGCAGAACUGGAUGCGUUAUUCUUCGGAGCUAUGUCAAAAGCGUGGGAGGAUUUCGUCAGUGCAGAAAAUCAAAAGACCGAAGAGACGGCCAAGGGUCGAAUUGCCAAGCGUCGAGAGAGACUCAGGCAAUGGCACACUGAGGACUUCACUGAUGAAAAAAUCCUUUUCCAACACGAUCUCGCGACAUCCUCGUGGAUGAAGAACAUCUACGCCGCAGAGCAUCUCAAGCACCAGCGAGCGCAACAAGAUCAGCAAGACAACUUUAGUUUCCUUGCUUCCACGUUUUCAAAAAUGGAUCGCGAACUUCAUCGACCUUGUGCAGUCUUCGACAACGAAUCACCGACGAAAUGGAAGCUCGAUCGUACAGAGGGCCGUAAUCGUAUGCGGCUUCGCAUGUUACCAGAUCGGGCAGCUGGCUCGUAUGAUUAUCAACCAAAACGCAAGACCACAGAUGCCUCCUCAAAUGGAACACUGAAGCUUAACACGAAGCUUGCCUCGCCAGCAGUUCCAAUCAUCGGAACAACCCCAGUAUCAGAUUUGCCACCGCAGAAUGAUUUGGAUGGUCCAAGUGAUGAUCCAAGUGACUCAUUGAUGAAUGUUCAGCAGGACGGAGCAAAUGAGGUCAAUGAAAUCGCUGUUCCGGAAGAAGAGUUUGAACUUGUGGAUGAUCCUAAUGAACCUGAAGGCAACGAUGCCUAUGAAGACAAGAACCGUAAAGUUAUGCGGAGUCUUCAGCGUGGCGACCAGGUGCAACAAGUCUUCAAUAUCUCCAGAAUCAUUGGUCUUGAGGCCUGUGAAGGAUUACUUAUUCUAGGCAAAGAUUCUCUAUAUCUCAUCGACAACGUCUUCCAGAGGUCUGAUGGAGAAAUUGUAAAUGUCUCACAGGCUCCAGCAGAGGAACGAGAUCCGUAUUUGCAGAUCAUCGCUGGUCAGCCUGGUCAAAAAGCGAAAACAACUCAGGCCGCUAGAGGCGAACAGGAAUCAAGAAGCUGGAAAUGGAGCAACGUGAUCAGUAUCUCGAAGCGACGUUUCCUCUUCCGAGAUGUCGCUAUUGAGGUCUUCUUCACUGAUGGCCGGAGUUAUCUCUUGACUGCUAUCUCGCCAAUUAUCAGAGAUGAUUUAUAUUCAAAGCUUACAUACAAAGCGCCCCACUCUACUGGAAGUUCCAGUCUACCGAACCCUGAAGAUGGCUGGCGGCUUGAAGCUCUAAAGGUCUCUGAAGAGGCGCCUGCUUCGUUUGGUUCCAAAUUCGGUUCUAUCUUCAACUCCUCGGCGUGGAAUCCAGCAAUGCGUAGAUGGGCAAAGGGAGAAAUUUCGAAUUUCCAUUAUCUGAUGUUGGUGAAUACUAUGGCUGGCAGGACCUUCAACGAUCUUACUCAAUAUCCAGUAUUUCCCUGGGUUCUCGCCGAUUAUACUAGUGAGGAACUGGAUCUCGAAAAUCCGGCUUCCUUUAGGGAUUUGUCGAAACCAAUGGGAGCUCAACAUAACUAUCGGGCUGCGGAUUUUAUUGAGCGAUAUAAGACUUUUGCAGACAUGGGCGACCAGCAUACACCAGCUUUCCACUACGGGACUCAUUACUCAUCAGCUAUGAUUGUUACCUCGUACUUGAUCAGACUUGAGCCUUUCGUCAAGUCGUUCUUGUUACUUCAAGGUGGUAAUUUUGACCAUGCAGACCGAAUGUUUUAUUCUGUCCAAAAGGCUUGGCAGUCUUCUUCGAAGGAUAACAUGACAGAUGUGCGGGAGCUGAUUCCUGAAUUCUUCUAUCUGCCAGAGUUUCUGACGAAUACUAAUAAUUAUAACUUUGGCACAAGACAGAGUGAUGGUGGCAGUGUGGAUACGGUUCAGCUUCCUCCUUGGGCUAAGGGAGAUCCUAAGAUAUUCGUCGCCAAGAAUAGGGAAGCCCUCGAGAGCCCUUAUGUUAGCAAGCGUCUUCACCAAUGGAUUGACCUAAUUUUUGGCUGCAAGCAACGCGGCGAAGCAGCCAUCGAGAGUGUGAACGUCUUCCACCAUCUCUCAUACCACGGCGCCACAAACCUCGACUCCAUCCCCGACGAAGAAGACCGUAAGCGCACGAUUAGCAUAAUCCAUAACUUCGGCCAAACCCCUUACCAAGUAUUCUCACGCCCGCACCAAGCCCGCGAAGAACCUCGCUCCCGCAUUAAGCGUCUCGACAACGCAGCCCUUUCCCUAACCCGCCUCCCUUUUGCACUCUUUGAAUCCCACGAGCGCGUCGCCUCCCUAAUCUACGCCCCUAAACUCGACCGCCUCCUCUGCGCCACCGCCUUCCGCCUCAACCUUCCCCCCACCUACGACAAAUACCUCGAAUGGGGCUUUGCAGACAACACUGUGCGUUUCUUCUUCACCGAGUCCCGCAAGCCCGCCGGUCUAUUCGAGAAUCUUCAUCAAGGCCAGCUAUCAGCCGGUAUCUUCGCCUCUUCUCAGCUUCUGAUUACGGCGGGCGAAGAUUGCGUUCUGUCUGCCCAUACUAUCGUCACCUCGCCUUCCAAACCAGUAGAGCUACAACUCCGCUCCUCGCUCUUCGGCCACAAAACCCCAGUCACCACCCUCGCGGUCUCGAAAUCCUUCUCUACCCUGCUCUCUGCAUCCGCCGACGGCAUCGUGCUGUUAUGGGAUCUUAAUCGUCUGGAAUUCGUGCGGAAACUUACACAUGGCCGUCCGGUCGAAAGCGCAGCCAUCAACGACGUCACGGGCGAUAUCCUCCUCUGCCGCGGACAGAAAGUCGCGCUGUUCACGCUUAACGGGGAGCUCAUCCUCGAGCAGAAUGUAUGUCAAGACCAGGACGACUAUGUGGCUUCUUGUGCUUGGUAUGAAGGCACUGGCAACGAGUGGUUGGAAAGCACGCUGCUGUUCACGGGCCAGCGGAGGGGGGUCGUGAAUUGUUGGAAGAAGGUCGUGGGUAAGGGGAAAGGGGGAUGGGCCUUGGAGCUGGUGAAGCGCAUGGUGCAUUAUGAGGAGGAUGGCACGGCGGUUAGUGGAGGGAAUGGAGGGAGUAAUGGCGAGGCGGCUGUUAGUUGUGUGAGGGCUAUGGCGCAGUGUGUUUAUACGGGGGAUGAAGAUGGAAGAGUGUAUGAAUGGGAUAUCAUCGCACGCGAACAAUGA